AUGUCAAUGGUGCCCUUCUCGCUAGCUGUGUGGCUGCUUCUACUGCCUGUGCUGCUAAAAGUUUGUGGAAAGCCAGCUCAACGAAUUAUGGGGGGUGAACCAGCUCCCUCUGAUGGGUUGUCAUGGCCCUGGCAAGUCAGCAUUUUAUAUCGGGACCAACCUAUUUGUGGAGGCGCCCUCAUAGCCGAGAAGUGGGUCCUGUCAGCAGCUCACUGCUUCCCUAACAUCAAGAGCCAAACUACCCAUUCUGAUGUGGUGCUGGGUGCCUAUCAGCUCCUGAACACUUCAAGUAACACAGUAACAUCUGAUAUCCAACAGAUUAUCCUCCAUCCCACCUAUGACAGUGAUAGCUCCAGAGGGGAUAUUGCUUUAGUAGAGCUGAAGUCCCCUGUGAGUUUCACCAAGUACAUUCUUCCCAUCUGCUUGCCAGAGACCUCUGCAAAGUUCUCAAUGGAAGAAAGCUGCUAUGUGACUGGAUGGGGAGAUAUUCAACCUGGAGUGGAAUUGCCACCCCCACUAACCCUCCAGGAAGUGAAAGUGCCACUUAUAGACCGAGAAAAAUGCAAUUCUCUCUUCAACGCUACCCAACAUGAACCACAACUCCAUAAUCCGGUCGGCCCUGGUAUGAUCUGUGCUGGCUACCAAGAAGGGGGCAAAGAUUCCUGCCAGGGUGACUCUGGAGGACCCUUGGCUUGCCCAUGUGAUGGACAUUGGGUCCUGGCUGGGGUUGUGAGCUGGGGGAUAGGCUGUGGCCGCCCUGGUCUCCCUGGUGUCUAUUCUUCAACCCCCUUUUAUGCCACUUGGAUCUCCCAGCAUAUACCCAAUAUGACCUUUGUGACGUGUGGAAAGGGUGGGACUACAAGUGGGAAAAGUGAGGUGAAUGGCAGAGAACAGAAUUACCCUGUUGUGACACUCCUCCUAGUGUUUUUUACAUUGACCCUUCUAUGAGAUGCUCCUCUCUCUGCCUUCAGCCCAUCUACUGAUGGGUUAUGUGGAAUUUGUUCAGAAUUUGGGCACAGGUGCAUUUAAAUUGUUUUACUGAUCAGUAGUGAUUUAAGUCCUAUAUGCUCUGACAAUUUAUUGAACCAAGGGGUCUGGUUUAGGGACGCAACAGGAACACAGGCCACUCACUGCCUUACAGCAAGACAGACUGUCAGUUCAUCUAGUCUAGGAUUUUAUACCCUGCCUGGCAGUAGCUCUCCAAGGUUCUGACAGGAGCCUUUCCCAGCCCUACUGGGAGAUGCUGGGAAUUGAACCCAGCAGUGGAGCAAGCCAAUCAGGCGACGGGGGUGGCAUGCGUGCUCUGCGCCCAGAGGCAGGGCCAGCCGCCUGUGGGGGUGGGGUCAGCUGCCCACAGGGCAGGGCCAGCCAGGGCAGGAUGCUCCAUGGGACCUCUGAGGAAUCUGCCUGCCUUCUCCCACUCAGCCGCCCUACAGCUGAGGGGGAAGCGGUGGGCGGACCAUUUGGGGCAGCAUGGAGCCUGCGG